AUGGUGGACCGGGAUUUCGUGCACUCGGUGCUGAACGGGUCGAAAGAGGGAAAUGUCUGUGAUGACAUGUGGGUGUGGGCUGUUGAUCCGGAGUAUCACGACGACGACGACGACAAACAAGAGGGUCAGGACACGGCCCAAGAGCAAGAUGGAGCAGCAUACCCAGGCCAUGUGCGCGUGCGGCUGCAACAGCUGGUCAACAACUUCUACGUGGUGCGGCGGCCGGACCAAGGCAACGUGGUGGUGCCCUUGGAGACGCUGUGGGCAUGCGCGCAGAAGAGCCACCAGAGGGCGUUUGUGUCAGUACGAGAGGAGGACUUCCAGAAGUGGGUGCUGAAUCGCGAUGUAGGCAGUUGUUUGAGGCAAUGA